UCCCCAUCAUCUGACUCGUGAACACUUCCGGUGUUGCGAGUAGCCGCUUGUCGUCGGUGUGGAGGCCCUAGCCCUCGGUCCCUGGCUCUCGGCUGCGGCCCGUUCUCCCUCCUGUUCGCCCUCCCUCGCCUGACGCAGGAUGUUGGCGUUUUUCAACCGGUUGCUAGACUGGAUCAAGUCGUUGUUCUGGAAGGAGGAGAUGGAGCUGACACUAGUAGGGUUGCAGUACUCUGGCAAGACCACCUUCGUCAACGUUAUCGCGUGUGGUCAGUUCAGUGAAGAUAUGAUUCCGACGGUUGGCUUCAAUAUGAGAAAGGUCACUAAAGGCAAUGUUACAAUAAAGAUCUGGGAUAUUGGUGGACAGCCAAGGUUUCGAAGUAUGUGGGAGCGUUAUUGCAGAGGAGUAAAUGCAGUUGUUUACAUGGUAGAUGCUGCAGACCGUGAUAAAAUAGAGGCUUCUAGAAAUGAACUUCACAAUCUGUUAGACAAACCACAGCUCCAAGGAAUCCCUGUCCUAGUUCUUGGAAAUAAGAGAGAUUUGCCAAAUGCUUUGGAUGAAAAACAGCUCAUUGAAAAAAUGAAUUUGGCUGCUAUUCAGGACAGAGAAAUCUGCUGCUAUUCAAUUUCAUGCAAAGAAAAGGAUAAUAUAGAUAUCACUCUGCAAUGGCUAAUUCAGCAUUCAAAAUCUAGAAGGAGCUGAAAUUUAAUGCGAAAACCAAUGUGUAAACAGCCACUGUCCUUCACUCAUUAUUCAUUCUUCCUGGGAUAAAAAGCAGAAAUACACUAUUCUGAAUAUAUUGAAAUACUUAAAGUCCCUUGUGACGCAUACCGUUGAAAAGUAUGUUCUCAUUAUGAGACAAACUUGCUUUACAAAUGCUGUUAUAUAAAAAUCAUGAUUGAGACAAAUGUUGAAGUCAGUGAUAUAAAAGCACAAGGAAGAGCCAAUGAAAAUAAUCAUGCUUAUUACUCAGCCUCGUGUUUGGAGUCAGCAGUAUCACAAGUAAUUUUUUUUAUAUAGCUUUUAUUGAUCUCACACUAUCAAUGUCCUUACAAAUGGCGUUAUGGAGCAUGUCGUGUUGCAUCCCUCUGUGUUGGUGCUGUAGAUAUUUCAGUGUCACUAGAAUUUUUUUAAAAAUGUUUACUGUCUCUGUAUUUAAGACAUUAACUUUUUUCAACAAGUAGCAUAUGUAUGUUGUAGUUUGGGGCCAUCACUUAAGUUUACUUAAGCUUUAAUUGAAAUUUAUACUUUGGGUGUGCUGGUUGAAUACACUGCUUCAACAUUAAGAGUCUUGGCACUAUUGGGCAACGUGAACUUCCUGUAAACGUGCAUGCAAAACUUCCAAUUAUAUGAUUGUAAAUAUUAUGUGGAAUUAGUUUACUUUUCUAUUUAGUUGACUUGUGAAUAAUUGUGCUCUCCUCUCACUUCUGUUGAAAUAAAUGGAGUUAAUGAGGGCA